CUGGUUCGUCUGGGUUGGAUAUUUUAAUUUAAAUUAUGGAAUGGUUUGGGGUUUGGGUGGUUUGUUCCCCCUCCUUUUCGGAAGUUUCCCCAGUCCCCGGAAUAACGGAGUGGAUGAAGGGAUCCCGAAUGAUUUCCGACACAGUCUGCCAUGAUUUCCAUGAAGAAGAAUUAUCCGAAGAUCGCACUCUCUGUGUCUCUCCCAUGCCUCCAUCCAGACUGUCUGACAGCAGAGAGAACGUUUACCCUCCGUGCAUCGGCACAAAACAACAGGCUGAUUGGGCCAGACAGGGCAUCACGUGUGGCUGGCAGAUGGACACGGCAGAUCCACCCGCGCGUCUUUUUUUUCCGCAAUCAAGAUUUGGUCUGAUUUUGAUUGUGAUUCUGAUGGGGAUUGGCGUGGUAGUAAUACUAUUAUGUUAGACUAACCCUCCUAAACUAACUCGCAAGGUCGCCUAUUUUCAGAGCCACCGGGUUCGCCAUUUGAUUGGAUCAG